AGCAGAGAGACGAGCAGACACACUGGGAAAAGGGAAAUAGGAGACCACGCUUCAUACAGUCUUUAGUGGUCAUGGAGAGAUUGUCCACAGUCAGCCAACCCGUCCCACAGAAGCAUCUUGGAAAUAAAAAGGAAUUGGAGGACACAAAACAGGAUGGGAAACUAAAGGUGGAGCAGGGGACCACAGAUGAAGCGUUAACAGACCAAAAGGUGAUGGCAGGAGAGGCUUUGGACAGGAGGAACAUCUGGGAGCCAAGUGUUUACUACGCGCUGGGAAAGGAGUCUUUUUACUUCGCUGGUCAUGACAUCAGCAUCCGCGAGUCUAUGGAUACUUAUGGUGCUCUGAUCUGGCCUGGGGCAAUAGCUUUGUGCCAGUUUUUGGAGAAUAACCAGCAACAAAUGAGCCUGAUGGACAAAGCGGUGCUGGAGAUUGGAGCUGGAACCGGCUUGCUCUCAAUAGUGGCCAGUCUGCUUGGUGCUUGGGUGACAGCUACUGACCUGCCGGACAUCUUGUCUAAUCUGACCUUUAACCUUCUCCGGAACACCAAGGGCCGGUCGCGCUACACCCCUCAGGUGGCUGCUCUUACCUGGGGUCAGGACCUGGGGCGUGAUUUUCCCUACCCGUUCUACCACUAUGACUAUGUGCUUGCAGCUGAUGUGGUCUAUCACCACAACUACCUUGAAGAACUUCUGGAGACCAUGCAUCACUUUUGCCGACCAGGAAGUCGAACAACGCUGCUGUGGGCCAACAAAAUCCGGUUCCAGUCAGAUCUGAGGUUCACAGAGUGCUUUAAGAGCAGUUUCGACAGCACGCUGCUUGUUGAGCUCCCACAGCAGGAGGUGAGGAUAUACAAGGCCACAGCAAAGGUGUGACAACGGAGGUGGAGAUUUCCUGAGAUGUUCAAAGGGUUUGUGUUUAAAUUUUGAGGAAAACAGGAAAAUUCCAUUUUUAUCUUGCUGAUUUAAAUCCAUGUAGAGA